CCCGCAGCCGCAGCGCAGGGACGGGAGGGAGCGGCAGCAAGAGCCGCCCGGCCCGCCGAGGCAGGAGGGCGGGGGGGUGGCUGAGCCCGGGCCCCGCCGCCCCGGCCCCGGCCCCGGCCCCGGCCCCGGCCCCGGCCCCGGCCCCGGCCCCGGCCCCCCCCGUCGCUCCCCCGGCGCGGCCCGGCGCCGGGUGAGGCUGCGCUGCCUGUUGCGCCGCGGGCAGAGCAGGACCGAGCUGAGCCGAGACGAAGUUUUGCGGGGAAGGGCCCCGGUUCCGCGAGCAUGCCUAAGAAAAGUCAGGGUGGGCAGAAGCAGCAUGGUGCUUCCAUUCAGGAGCAAGAUGCAGCGAAACCUGAAGAUGGAGACAUCCACGUAAAGGCAAAAAACCCUAGUGGGGUGUCCACCGUGUUUGCGUGAGUUUUCUGUAGAAGAGCAGCUCCCUGCAUGCCACGUCCCCACAUGACUUAGCAGCAUCCUGGAGGUGUGAAUGCCAGCCCCUGCAGAGCAGGAUGUGCCGAAGAUGAAGAGAUGGCUGGUGGAGGGAGAGACGGUGUGCUUCUAAGAAGAGUACUGACCAUGAGGAAGCCCACCUAUUAGUCAGUUUUUACUGAUCCCACCCAAGAAAAUGAAGCGGCGCCUCAGCUUCGCCGAUCCUUUUUCCACCACUGUUGGCUGAAUGAGAAAUGGUCGCGUGAUUAUGCUGACACCCCAGCAUGCAUUUGGUAGACCUGUGGUUAACUCGUUCCCUCUCCAUGUGUCUGCUCUUACAAAGUUUUGUCCUCAUGAUACUGUGCUUUCAUUCUGCCAGUAUGUGCCCAAAAGGCUGCCUCUGUUCUCACUCCGGAGGUCUCAACGUCAGCUGUAGCAAUGCAAACCUCAAGGAAAUACCCAGAGAUCUGCCUCCAGAAACAGUCUUACUUUACUUGGACUCCAAUCAGAUAACUUCUAUCCCUAACGAAAUUUUUAAGGACUUGCACCAACUGAGGGUCCUCAACUUAUCAAAAAACGGGAUUGAGUUUAUAGACGAACAUGCCUUUAAAGGGGUGGCAGAAACCUUGCAGACUCUGGAUUUGUCUGACAACCGGAUUCAAAGCGUGCACAAAAAUGCUUUCAACAACUUGAAGGCCAGAGCCAGAAUUGCAAACAACCCCUGGCACUGUGACUGCACGCUGCAGCAGGUGUUGAGGAGCAUGGCCUCCAACCACGAGACGGCCAACAACGUCAUCUGCAAGACUUCUGUGCUGGAUGAACACGCGGGGAGACCGUUCCUCAACGCUGCCAACGAUGCUGACCUCUGCAACCUGCCUAAAAAGACUACCGAUUACGCCAUGCUGGUCACCAUGUUUGGCUGGUUCACCAUGGUGAUCUCCUACGUGGUUUAUUACGUCCGGCAAAAUCAGGAGGAUGCGAGGAGGCACCUGGAGUACUUGAAAUCCCUGCCGAGCAGGCAAAAGAAACCGGACGAAGCCGAUGACAUUAGCACUGUGGUAUAGUAUUCUGAAUACAAUGGCUGCCUUUGGGAUGGAAACGAGAUCUGGAUGACUCUAAAACCAGAGGUUUACUUCUAACGCUCGUUGUAGACAUUAAGACUCUUGGGUUUUUUGUUUUUUUUUUUUUUUCCUGUUUAACUGAAUUACGCCACUGUUGAGCUUUCUGACAGAAAGUUUGGUCCGGGUGGUUAUACUUCAAUUAUUUCUCUGGUGGUAUCCUAAAGCAAGUGAAUUAAUAUGUAAACGUUAGUUUAGACCCAUUCCACUAUUUAAUAACGAAAUUUAUUUUUUUAAUUUAAAAACCAAAUAAAAGCUUAAAUUUGAACCAUGUAAA